GUGUGCUUACGUGUGUGCCUGCUCGUGCGUGUAGUCAAAUAUUCCUUAAAUGUGUAAUUCGUAAUAGUGUAAUUUUGGACGCAACGCGAUGAGUGUGAGAGGCCGUCAAUGGGCAAUCGUAUAGAAGGACACUACGACGAUAAAGGUUCAUAAACCGUGAGUAACAAUGACGCCACCCGCCACGGACAAGAACAGGAAUGGUACGAUAGCACUCCGCCGGGAGAUCGGUCUGUGGAAGGCGUCAUCGUACGUCGUCGGUUCCAUCAUUGGCUCUGGUAUCUUCAUAUCACCGGCAGGAGUGCUGAGACAAGCCGGCUCGGUCGGUUGGGCGCUGGUCGUGUGGGCGUUGUGUGGCGUGUUCGCUAUGCUCGGUGCGCUAACCUAUGCAGAAUUGGGCACAGCCAUCCCCAAGUCCGGCGGAGACUACGUUUACUGCCGCAAGGCGUUCGGUAGCUUCCCGGCUUUCGUGCUUGCACUGUGGAGCAAGAUUAUAUUUAUAAAACCAUGCGGCCUAGCCAUCAUGGCACUAACGGUCGCGGAGUAUGUUACGCAACCGUUUUACACGGAAGGUCACGGAGCUCCGAGUCUUGCCAAACAGCUAAUAGCAAUUCUUGUCCUCUUACUGUUGACCUACAUCAACUGGUUACGAGCCACUCUAGGAAGCGGGUUUCAGCUCAUUACCACCAUUGCUAAACUCGGAGCGAUAGUUGCAAUCGUUGCUAUCGGAAUUGUGUGGCUGUUUAAAGGACAUACAGAAAACUUCGAACACGCGUUUGAACCGAAACCUGAAUCUGUCUCCGCCGUGGCGCUGGCAUUUUAUUCUGGUCUCUGGGCGUUUACCGGUUGGGACGCUGCUAAUUAUGGCAUCGAAGAAAUAAAGAAUCCAACAAGACUAUAUACGCAACAGGUGCAGCUAUACGUAUGGCCAAUGGCGCUACUCGCUGAGAAAAAGAAGGAUUAUGGUACGAUAGCACUCCGCCGGGAGAUCGGUCUGUGGAAGGCGUCAUCGUACGUCGUCGGUUCCAUCAUUGGCUCUGGUAUCUUCAUCUCACCGACAGGAGUGCUGAGACAAGCCGGCUCGGUCGGUUGGGCGCUGGUCGUGUGGGCGUUGUGUGGCGUGUUCGCUAUGCUCGGUGCGCUAACCUAUGCGGAAUUGGGCACAGCCAUCCCUAAGUCCGGCGGAGACUACGUUUAUUGCCGCAAGGCGUUCGGUAGCUUCCCGGCUUUCGUGCUUGCACUGUGGAGCAAAAUUAUUUUCAUAAAACCAUGCGCCCUAGCCAUCAUGGCGCUAACGGUCGCGGAGUAUGUUACGCAACCGUUUUACACGGAAGGUCACGGAGCUGCGAGUUUUGCCAAACAGCUAAUAGCAAUUCUUGUCAUCUUACUGUUGACCUACAUCAACUGGUUACGAGCCACUCUAGGAAGCGGGUUUCAGCUCAUUACCACCAUUGCUAAACUCGGAGCGAUAGUUGCAAUCGUUGUUAUCGGAAUUGUGUGGCUGUUUAAAGGACAUACAGAAAACUUCGAACACGCGUUUCAACCGAAACCUGAAUCUGUCUCUGCCGUGGCGCUGGCGUUUUAUUCUGGUCUCUGGGCGUUUACCGGUUGGGACGCUGCUAAUUAUGGCAUCGAAGAAAUAAAGAAUCCAACAAGAACUCUUCCACUUUCCUUGUUCAUGGGAAUUGGCUUCGCAUCCGUCGGCUACGUGAUGACAAACGUUGCGUACCACGCAUUACUCACCACUGAUGAGCUUCUAAGCAACAGUGCAGUGGCUGUGGCAUUCGCUGAGGUAGCGCUCGGCAAACAAUGGAGUUGGAUCGCAUCUGUGUUUGUUGUGAUUUCCGUGGUAGGCUCUAUUAAUGGCGUCCUAUUCUCAACUAGCAGAGGAUUCUUUGCAGGAUCCCGGGAUCAGCAGUUUCCCUCCUUCCUCGCAACGAUCAGUAUACAUAGAUACACCCCUCAACCGGCUUUGAUGGCAAUCGGACUAUUGUCGACUUUAAUGGUGGCGAUAGGAGAGGGCAACGUUUACACGUUGAUGAAUUACACAGGCUUCGUACAGUGGACAGUCAGCUUCGUGUCCGUCACGGCACUUCUUUACAUGCGAUGGCGAGAUCGCAGUGAAGACUGGCCCUUCAGGUUUCCCCUGAUAGUGCACGUAGCAUUUAUGCUGUGUGCUCUGUUUCUGGUCGUGGUGCCGUUCUGGGAGCAGCCAAUCAAGAAUCUAAUUGGAGUAGGAUUCUUGGCUGUCGGGGCAAUAGUCUAUGCAAUCUUCAUAGCAUGGAAGCCCCGUGUACUAAUAAAACUCAACGAUGGACUCACAGUCUUUUUCCAGCUAUUUUUAGAAACGUCUUUUUCGGACGCCUAUUUGAAGACAGAGACAGAUGAUUUUGAAGCACCGGCAUCACGGGGAAAACGCACAUUAUAG